AAAAUACCCUAUUUUCUGCUAAAUAUUAAAAUAACCUACUCCAGAGGGUGAGAGCUGCUCCUCAAGCUUAUGUUACAUCGCUUGAAGAAAAUUUCAGAAUUUUCCUCUGAUUAAUUCAAAGGUAGAUUAUGCAAGACGCAUGCAAAACAGCUCCCCCUGCAGGCACAGCGAGCAAUCAAAACAAAGACAGCCUCCCUCCUUGUGUUCCACAUUCAUCUGGAGGACAGAAGGCGGGAGGUAAAGUACUGGACCCGAGUCAUCAGCUCAAUCAGUCAAGAAAUAAAUGUGCUCAACAUAGUCGCAGGCUGUGUAACAAAUGCCAUGAAGUGCUGCCCAGGCAUCAUGGUGCGGAGGGUGUGAAAUCUACUGAUCCCAUUGCUUUCCUCCAGUGCCUCCAAAAUGUUUUUACUUCACUAAUUACAUUCAUGGUCCCCAGAGGAUGAGUCUUUAUACUCAAUUUUCCCCACUAACGCCACCAGUAGGUUGCAUCAAACUCAACAUUUAUGUUGCAUAGAGGAUCAUAAUUAUAUGACUUUUAAUAUAAGUAGGACUAAGGGGGGAGAGUUCAUGCUAUGCCAGAAAACAGGAUCAUAUUUUUUAUGCUGCAUUAAUGUUUGGAAUUUAUAGCUGUGUACUGUAUGUUCUCUACAGUGUUGAGGGAAAUAUCAUUCUGGUACAUUUACAGCACAGGGUCUAAAGCAGAGACCUUGAAAAUAGUCCUCUCUGUCCUGCUUGGCACAGAGCGCUGCCAGAAGGUAGUUAUUGAUAAGAGGUUACAAUGAAUAAAACUUAAUAGUCAAGAUGGAAAUUAUGAUUUCAACUAAAUAUAACUGCCCUGUAAGAUAGAAAAUGUAAAGGCAACAUAGCUUUAAGUCAUACAUAUUUGAAUAAAAUGACUUACCUACAGUCAGCAUUUAACACCAAACUAAAGGCUGCUCUAGAGAAGAAGCUGUAAGUGAUUAAUAAAUGUGAGACAUCCACCUUUAGAGAAAAACACAGUUUAUGUGUGCAUGGUAAAAAUGAAAACUCAGCACAACUGUGGCUGUUGUCACUGCGUAAUGAAGCUGCCUUGUGUAGUCGACCGUGGUCCUGUUGCUCCGUUGUAGUGGAGAAUGUUAAGCUGUAUAUAGAAAGGACAAAGGAGGACAGCAGGGUCGGAAGGUUCCUUAUAGGAGCCCUGGGGAGCUCUGCUGUGUCCGAGUUCAAGCUCAGGGGUUGGUCCUUUAAUGCUGUAUCCACCAAAUAUAAAAAUAUAAGCCUGGCUGGUGGAGGUUCCCUUCACUGCUUCUUGUUUUAAGCCACAGUCGAUCCAGAUAAUUAAAGGAUUACAUGCACAGGGACAGUGAUUUGAAUGAUUCAAUGGCUCAUCUAUUGCGGGGCUCACCUGAGCUGUCAUGACUUUGAACAUACGCCUGAAGGGUUUAAUGGCUUUUAAUCGGCCUGUAGCCAGUCAGAGGUUCAGCCAAAUUCCUCAUUAUUAUUCCUAACAAUGCACCUGUAAAAAAGCCAUAUUAUGAAAAACUGGGUUUUUUGCACCUUAGGACUGUUGCAUGUGUAGGAAAAUAUUUGACAUCCAACCAAACAAUAGUCAAACUGGGCCCUACUGACACCAUAAUGAAGCAUUUGACACUGAUCUGACCUUAAAUUCUCUUGGCAGGUGAAGAACAACACUGAGGAGAGCCUCAAGACCAAUGUAGGGUAUAAUGUGACCGUCUGAAUUCAGCAUGAUUCAUUGCAUUUCAUUUUACCGACAUCCGCCUUGUCAGCUUUGCUAAAGUAGGCUAAGAGUCCAAUAACGUGACAGCUUUUAUGCAAGAACUGCAUAAAAUAAUCAAACGACUCAGUCCCAAAGUGCAUGGCGCGGUAAGUUCUGCCCUGAGCACUUUAAAAGUUUAAAGCUUAAAAAAAAAAAAAAAUCAAUUUACAAAAUAACGACAUUUAAAUAAAACUGCGUCGAAGCCACGGAAGUCGCUGGGCGUCCAUCAUGAAUAAUUUUGUUCGCCAAAGAGGAGCGGAGUGUGUGAAAAGCUCUCUGGCCUUCAACACAUGCAACAUUUAGAUGCCCUGAUCCCUCGUUUUGUGAGCGACAUGUCUGCCAAGAGAGAGCGCCCGGGAGGAACCUCGCGUCCCGUGGCCUCGGCUCACGUCCCACCGCUCAGCCGGGGAAAACCGCGCUGUUUGCUGCGGAAUAAAACGCACUUGUUUGACUUUCGCUUUGACAUUUAUGCAAAAGCGUUCUCUCCGAGUUGAGCCGGGGAUGCAAGAAAUUUGGGUGAAAGGAGAAACGCGUGGGCGGAAACGCUCAACCGCUCACUCGCUACUCACUCGCUCACUCGCUCACUCACUCGCUCGCAGUGGUUCACCGGCAAAUCACCAUGUACUGUAGCACCUGCUGAUCACAGCUACGCUGAGUUACACCAGCUCACUUCAGAAGAGUUCUCAACGCCGACUUUUCCCCUUGUAGUGAAAUUCAGCUCGUGGUGAAAUAGCAAAAAGCGUUUGGUAGAAAUCAGCAUGAGCUGUUGAGGUUUCACUCUGAAUCCUCUUUCCUUGUUGUGAAUUGCACUUAGUCCACUGGAGCUGGAAGCUGCGCAUGUGAUGCAAAGACUCAGGCCUUAAUACGAUGAUGUCAUGCCGGAGUUUUUCAUCGCAGGUCCUUCGUGCAGCCGCGACACCGAAUUAGAAGGAAUCAGUGGGAUCAAUGUUAUUUCUAAUAUAUUGUUCUCUAAUGCGUUGGUGUAAUGGAUCCAAGGGCCUGAAUCGACUUCAUACGUUAAAGCAGCUUCUCUGUGACUUCCUCUCUGUUUCUUUUCCUUUCAUUUCGUUCUUGGCUCUGCAGCAUCACGGCGUUACAACAUAACACAUUCCUGUAUGUUUUAUGACUUUCGCUCUCAUAACUAUAAAAGCUCACAGGCUGCGUUGGGAGCCUUGUGACUGAGAGGAAAGUAGUCUUGAAUUCAAUGGCUUGCUUACUUUAAUUAAGCUAAUCAGAUUAAGACAUCUAAUUGAUAUCACUGCAUCCCUUCUUCCCUUUAAUUGGGUUAGUGUUGAUCAUUUUAGUGCGUUUAAAUCCACCAGAGCUGCGUUUCUCCAGGACCACCCCUCCCGUCUGUCCCCUGGUGAAUGAUGCCGUUACCUAGUAGCUCCACAGUCCAUCCUCCCAUUUAGCUGCCUGUGAUAGCGACACAAGGAUAGCUGCCUUUAGAAAUGGAGCGCGCCAUGGGCAGGGAUAAGCAGCAGUGGAGGUCCCCGCGGUGUCCUGGAUUAGCGGCUGCCUUGCCAAGAGGCCAGCGUUGGUUUGAUUCCAGCGGCCCUUUCACGGUCCCGUCCUUUUAUCACUCAUCUGACUCCUCAUCCCUAGUUUGAGCUUCUUAUGUCCCACCUGAAAGGAUCUAAUGAAACCCCAGUCACAGGAUAUAACACAACAGAGAGCAAGGGUGACUCCGGUCUGUGUCUGUGGAUUCAUAUUAGUCGUUCAGGUAAAAAGAUGUCGGGCUCUGAAGCGAUGUAAUGGACGGGUUAUUUAAUGGUUGACCGGCUUCCUAAAGUCCGCUGUCAGGGAGCUUUUUCUUUAUCUCUCUGAAGAAGACAUGUUUCCUGAUAAACAACGAAGCAGUCACUCCAUAGAGACCCAGAGACUUUAAACCAGAUUUUUACUGCAAUAGACGAUGUCGCACUGAGCUCAUUAGCAGCCGUGAUCUGUUCCAGGUGACACAGUGAUUAAGGAACUAAUCACACAUUUCAGUGGGAGCGGCCCCAACGAUGAAUCUUCUACGACUCGCAGCAUAAGUUCAUAGAUGCUCAGAGGACGGAACACUCCAGGCAGAACGCUCGCGGUUGUGUUCGCUUCGGGCCAUUUUUUUUUUUGUUGUGUCAGGAGUUUGAGGCUGGGUAAACACUACCUGGAGAGGCUUUAUACAUUUUGUAUGUGUAAGCCGGAAAUAAUAUCAGGUGGUGGUGUUGACGUGAUGUCGGUUCAAGGAGCGCUGUGGCGCUUUUGCAUAUUUUGCUGCAUCAUGUACAUACAGUAAACACGCAGCUUUGGUUUUGUUGGUGGGUGUGAGGAGGCGGUGUUUUUUGCAGAGUAGCAGAUACAAGAGGAGCAGUAAAGGUCACGGGAUGUCAUGCCACGGUGUAUGUUAAUGGACUGGUUUCACGCUGCGGCUGAAACAAAGCGCCCGUUGGUGGAGUUCUGACAGCCACGGAGCUCCCGGUCCAUCCAACAGCCCCGCGCGGCGUCCUGCUCCCAGCUGCUUGGAGGGCGGUCCGCGUUAUUAACAACCUGCAGUGGUCCGAUAACACAGUGGCAAUAGAUUAGACAGGGCAGAGCCGGCCGUUCCUCCCGGGGAGGUUCAGGUUAUUUAACGCAGACUGUCUUAAUCCCACACACUGCAUCCGAAAAGGUCCGCCAUCUGUUCCCCCGCCUCGAUUCUGCCGAGUUCUGGAACUUUUACAGAGCUCUGGGUUUCUGUCAAGCUGCUGAAUAGGAGCGUGGAAUGAGCAUCUGUGUUUCUUUUGGCGAAUAUUGGCUUCACAAUGAAGCAAAGUGCAGCGAAGUAGCAUUUAGUCUGGUACAAGUGAGUCUGAACGCGAGGAACAUCAAACGUCUCGGAGCCAUUGUGUAGUUCUCACGGCUUUCUACUGUGGAACCAGUGGAAUUUGUGACAACAAAGGAGAAUAUCUCCACCUACACAAGCUUCCACAUUGUUGCCGCAUCCCUCGCUCUGUCACUGGCACAUGAAAUGGACGCUUUGACGGAGGGAGACAAAGCAGCUCAGUAACAGUCGUUGGAAUGAGGCUGACAGGGGAUCGUGGACGCGCGUCCAAACGUUUGUGCCGAUCUGUCUUGUAAAUAUUGAGACGUCUCGCUGGGAACUGGAAACGGCGACGUCGAACUCGUGCUGGUGCUAAUUAAGGUGUGUCAAUAUUUCACUCUGGAGCUAGACAGCGGGAGCAACCGAACUCGGGGACUGACUGUCGGAGAGAUGAAGAACAGACCUGGGCUCAUGUUAAAAGUGUGGAUUUAAGUUAAACCUCACACACUAAACGAGGUUUAACCGCUACAGCUGGAACAGUGUGCCCACUCGUGGUUCAUGUUUCAAGGUUGGGAGAGAAGGUUGUUAUUAAAGAUGGUGUAUAAUGUUUCAUCCAGAACAGAUGAAAGAUUAAGUGAGCACUAAAAGAUAAGAAUGGUACACAUUGGCUGCAGAUACUGUAUACAGGAUUAACGACACUGUACUUAUAUCUGAAGCAGAAAUGUAUGUUCUAGUAUGAACAAGCAACCUAAGCUGUCCAUCACCGGAGAGCGUGUUCUUCUCGACAGAAGCGGAUUUUCGUUUCCAAACACAGAAGUGGAUCUGGAACAAGAUCAGAGACGGAGCGGGUCCUCGGUGGAUGUGGUUCGCGCGUUGACAGAGGAACCCUUGAACGGAGGAAAGAGAAAGCACUGUUGGUGCGGCGACAGAUGUGCCAUCUCGGAUGAUGUGUGAACACGGAUUGUCGGGAAUGAAACAAAGGCGUUGUUGUGAGGCACAGUUGAAUGUGAACAUGAUCUCGCCGUGUGACUUGUGUUUAGAUCUACUGUAUAUGACGGGGGGAAAUUGAUUCCUCUGCAGUAAAAUGUCUUAAUGGACAGACAAGAACAAGAAUCAUCAGCAUCAUCGCAGACAUAUUUGAUGCAAAUGGAAGAGGUUAGUUCCCCCGACGCUUCCAGACCUUCCCCAGCGAUGAUUAAUGGGACACACGUUGCCUUUCGGAUCCGAGAACUUCCUUGACAAAACACAUUAAUAAUGAGGCCUGUUUUACAUUCCCUUCCCGGCUGCGUCGAGGUAUCGGUGGAAGUGUGAGGGAAACAUUUCUCAGCGGGCAUAACGGCUUCAUCAAGUCACUGAGAUAAAUACAGGAAAUGUUAAAGGAAAUAAAAAACAAUGAUGCGAACACAAAUCAUAGACAAAUGUGGAAACCGGCCUGCUUCCAUUAGAGGCAUCCUCAGCCGGCCGCCCCGUUAAUGAUUAAUGGCACGCACAUUUCAUUUUGGAUAGAGGACAACUCGCAUCAAUAAUCACCGCUGCUUUACAUUCCGUCCACCUCGCUAUCAGUCCGAGUGCAGCGCGAAAAAAAAAUUGAAUUUGACUGCGCGGAAAAUGACUAGAGAUUUUUCCAUUGCAGAGUAAACAUCAAAACCAAUUUUGAGUGUAGGCUGGAGCUGCAGCGUCCUUCACCUGAGUCUGGUUGCUGUGUGUCCUGGUGUUUUCCAAUCUGAACAUCAUCUCCUGGCUGAUACUGGGCCGGGCCGAGCACGCCGUGCCCCUAUGCCUCGCGUCACGUGUCAAGGAACAGGUGGCAGAUAAUCCCACGGAUGUGGAUUUUGUUUUUCUGUUCUGUACAGCUGCCCGUGACCUGUGUGGGUGGCGUCGCGCGUGCGGGCGUGCUGCGGUGAAGGUUCGUCUCGCGCCGCUCCGCUCACUGGGGGGAAACUCCGUGGCUCCAGUCUGCUGCGAAGGACGCGACAAACAAGGAGACGGCGGUAAUUAGAGGAAAUGCAAUGAGACGUGGUAUGACACAUGGAUGUGUCUUCAGUUAAAUGCUGGUGACGGAGACCUCAGUCAAGGUGACUUCUCCUGUGAGGACCCUCCAGAUUUGAAGCAAUCUGCCUGACGAUCAGUGGGUCAUGAAGGAUUGAACGUCAUUAAUAGUGAGUCAACACCUGAGCAGCCAGUUACACUAUCAGAAUCUUAUAAACCAACCACCAGACUGACACAGCGACACAGUGGAUGUACAUAUAUCAAUCUCCAGAAGACGCCACACGGAUGGAUUUAAUGAAGGACAACCAGUUACAGAACACUGUGUUUUUGCAAGUUCCGUAGACAGCAGUGAUGUAUCCGAGCUGUGAGCUCUGCUUUUUCCCCACACCUUAAGGACUCCAGGUUCAUUAUGAUGCUCUUUUUGUCCCCUGCGCGCAGAAAGUUUCCAGCCAACUGAUUGCGACGGUGACGACAUGCCUUUACCCAAGUGGAGGAAAAUCCGGAUUUCCGCUGUGCUGUUUUGCGUUAUUACGUUCACAACCCUUCUCAGCUACACAUGCUGGGACCCGUCGCUCUACUUCUUCAAGUACGUGCACUUCUUCAACAAGGGCCUGUGCGCCUGCCGACAGUGCGUGACCGAGCCGGACGACGACCCCUGGUUCACCGAGCGCUUCAAUCACUCCAUCCGCCCUCUGAUGACCAGGGACAAUAGUGUCCUCACUGAUGAAACCUUUAAAUGGUGGCAGGGUUUGCAGUCGGAGGGGCAGCCGGACAAGUUCAGCGAGGUGGUGGAGGAGCUUUUCCAAGUCAUCCCUGAUGAGGUGUUCUACAUGGACGCCGGCCCCGGGCGCUGCAGGACCUGUGCAGUGGUGGGAAACUCUGGGAACCUGAAGGGGUCCCGCUACGGCAACGCCAUUGACUCCUGCGACUUCAUCAUAAGAAUGAACCAGGCUCGCACUACUGGCUUCGAGGAGGAUGUGGGCACUAGAACAACUCAUCAUGUCAUGUAUCCUGAAAGCGCCAUAGACCUGGACAACAGCAUCAGCCUGGUGCUGAUCCCUUUCAAGACGCUGGAUCUUCAGUGGAUCAUCAGUGCCCUCACCACGGGCACCAUUGAACACACGUAUGUACCUGUCAUUCCCAGGAUAAAGGCCAACAAAGACAAGGUGUUGAUUUACAGUCCAACGUUCUUCAAAUACGUCUACGAGUCCUGGCUCGAGGGUCAUGGGCGCUAUCCCUCCACCGGAUUUCUCAGCCUGCUGCUCGCCCUCCACAUCUGUGACCAGGUCAGUGUGUUUGGAUUUGGCGCAGACCAGUAUGGAAACUGGCACCACUACUGGGAGGAGGACAACCAUUUGGCUGGAGCUUUUAGGCACACGGGAGUCCAUGACGGAGAUUACGAAUAUAACGUCACCCUGCUGUUGGCAGACAAGCACAAAAUCCAAAUGUUUAAAGGCAGAUGAUAGCGGGCCCAUAUGCGCAGUGGGACAACCACCAAAUGGACCUCAUUAGUUUUGUAAUGUUUUUUUUUGCCUGGAUCCGUGUAAUGAACAUCUUUGUCAUUGUUUUCCUCUUGCGCUGUUACCUUUUAUGUUCCUUAACCUCAGAUUUAAAAAAUGUUACUUGUACCUACAGUUGACAGAUCAUCAGACCAAACUGCCACACGUUCCACACUUAGUAUUAUACAGUAUUACACCAUAUGUGUUGUGACUACAGGUUUUUUACACUGAGUGCAGCCAAAGUGCCAUAAUAAUGCAUAAUCACAGCGCUGAGAGGAGUGAAUGGAAAGUUGUUGUUGUCAAUUCUAUUUAAAGAUCCGCCUGCUGUCAGAACUGGCAGGCAGCAAAUUUGAUGAGCCUCGAAACAGAAAAGACUUGACCAUUCAGUAAAUAUAUAUUCGAAUGGCCUCACAUAUGCCAGUGAUGAGUAGUGACAGGUGUGUGAGAGAAUCAGGAAACAACUAAACGCAACUAACCAGCAGAGCUGCUUUGUUUCCGCCUGCGUGGCUGCGUGGCUGCAGCUGUGAAAUGUGGUGCGACAGGCCCAGGACACUUGAAAUCAGGCUCAAAACAAGCCUAAAGAGAAUCUGGAGUAUUUUACUGUAAUGUCACAUACGGAGAUUACCCAGAGGGCUCUGUAACACAGAGAGCACGAGUUCAAGUGACUCCAAGCCGCACAGAGCCCUGCUUCCAAACACAAUGACCACGUGCAGUAAAAUAAAUUCUCCUAAACGUGUCACAUGAAUAUUUUAAUUUGUUUAUUCAGUUUAUUUCUGAAGAUUGGCAUUUCUUAGGUAAAAACCUUGGCAAGCAACCAAAUGCCUGCAAAUCUAAUCACCCCUGCUUGGACUUAAUGAACAGUCAUUAGCAUGUUAGCAAACAACUUUCACCAAAAUACCAUUGUCGUUGUGAACGUUAUAGCAUGACGACGGCUUCGUGCAUUGCUGUACAGCCUCACAGACCCUUUAGUACAGUAGCUCCAAUAUAGUGUAAACUCUCUGGCAGCACUGUGUGUUGCAGCAGCUCAGAACAAUGCACGAAAGAAGGAUGCAAACUCUCCGUCCAAUUCCAGGGUUCAUUAUUUUCAUUCACGUCCCUUGAAGUAGGCAGUUUGUUAAAGUGGGCGGUCAGUGAUUAGAAGCAGCCCGGUCGUGAAGGAAUCAAUCAAACCUUCAUCGCUCAGUGCGGCCAGGCGCUUUACAAGAGACACUGGAGGGGAUCAGAAGCCGAAGUGUUUGUUCAGUCGAGUCGCUGAUCAUGGACUAUGACACAGCCUUUACUGUGGUGCCUUACAAUUAAUCAGUGACGUCAUCUACAGAUGUGAUGUACAUUUGUGACAUGAAAAGUCAGUGUUAAGUGCCUUUAAUUGUACCUUUUAUAACAUUAUGUUUUUGUGUAAACUAUCAAUUUGAAUGAACCAUAUGCAUCGUAUCAUAUAAUAAGCCAUUUUACAUACUUUUACACAGCUUGGGGAGCUUUUACACAGACAAUAUGUUUUGCGAGACCUAUUAACUUGCUGAACUUACUGUAUAAGUGUAGAUAUAUAUGACUAUGUAAUACUUCAGUAAACAUGUCUUCUUCGGUAUUUGGCUUCUAUUAGGAUAUGAUUUGCUCCAUGUGCCUUAAAGACAAACAGUACACAGCAUUUGGUUGUCAGCCACCUUGUACAUAGAGUAUUUUGUGUUGCCACGGUGAUGUACAACUGUUUUGCAGGGGACACUGUCACCUAGUGGACAACACCAUUAAUCAGCAUUAUCAUUUUAGACCUUUAUGAUGAUUUUUAAUAGUAAGACAUAACAUUUGUCAUGCAAGUCUAUUUUUUGUUGCUGUUUUUACACCUGAAGUCCUGUUUUAAUAAUAAAGUAAUUAAAUGAACCCUUACACAGUAUCUUCAUGAAAAUAACAUUUUUAUAUUAGCAGUGUUUGUUUGGUCUAAAGCAGCUUCGGGUCACUGACUUACGUGGGAGAUAUGAAUAAUGAAAACCUGAAUUAUUCACAUAUUCAGUAAUCUGUUAACUCCCAACAUGUUGCAAAACACGAGCAGAGCUUUUGUGAAGCAUUACAAAAAGCAUGUGAAAACGAAGGAGGUUAAUAAAUCAUAAAUAUUUAAUUUGUUAUUUUAUGAUAUUUCUUUGGACAUUUUUAUUAGUUAAAAUAGCUAAAUAUUGAUAUGAUUGCAAAUAUAAGUCAGUCCUUGUUUUGUCCACACAUGGCCUUUUUACCUUCCUGCUUCUGUUUUUUAAUGCUUUCAGUUAGCAAAGAUUCCUCGUGAAUUCAUCUCAUUCCUAUCGGUAUAAAAGGUCCAUGCUCAACUUUAAUUAGUGAGGGGGCGUUCGUUUGAGUUCUCUUCUCUGUGUAGCUGUCAGUAAUGUGUUUUUUUUCCCACUAUUUCUACGCUGAAUAGACUGAAAAUGUGUCAAUGUCUGAAUGUUCCCAAGGUUUUAGUCCAUUCUGUAUCGUAAAAGGAAGCAGUUCUCUGCUUUCAUGCCAGUUUUCUGCUGUAAUAAUCACCACAAUUACAGCAUCACGUGAUGGGAUACUAUUAGGGGAUGAUACACAUAACGAAAGAUAACUGUGUUUGCAAUGAGCUGAUUUCAUUUAUUAUUUUAUUUUAUUUAUUUCAAAAAAAUAAACUAAACUACAGCUGUUAUCGUCA